UUUCAUUUAAAUCCUAUGGGCUAGGACCAGAAUUGUGUCAUCAAUCUUCCAGUCACGCGGCUGAUAAGGCUAGAAAGUGUAAUAUGUUUCGUUGAUAUUUGAUCGACGUAUACCCAAAGGCCUUGCGGGGAGAUCGUACCUGGCUACUUACUAGGAAGCACAGUAAACGGGUUAUCAGAGAAAGGACAUGGAGAACGAAACUCGUGUCAGGUAAAGGAACGAAUGACAAAUUGCCUGUGACACAUGUAACGGGACAGCCGCCGCUUUGAACUGAAGUGCUUGGUGCACACAACCUUAGCAACUGUCGGCUUUCGCACAAACCCUCACUAGGAGACCGGCAGUGGAAACACAAGCCUGAUAUAUUUUGUUGAAGACAUUCUUUGGUAUAAAAUGCAUUUGUUCGUUACAUGAGGAAAAGGCCAACCUUGCGAUCUUUGGAUGUGUGUAUCGUUCCAGUAGAAAACGAUAACAAGACACCGACUUUUACUACUGCUUAUUAAGCCACAAUGGCCAGCAUGAGCCAGCUGGUGGAGGACGUCUUCACGUGCUCGCUGUGUCUGGAGAAGGUGCGCGAGCCCCGCACGCUGCCAUGCCUGCACACGUUCUGUCGUUACUGCCUCAGCGCCUACGUGCGGCAGAAGGUGAAGGACUGGGUCUUCCCAUGUCCCCUUUGCGGCCAGGACACGCGUCCCAACACUAAGGGCCUGUCCGUGGAUCAGUGGCUGGACACCUUCCCUGCCAGUAACUUCCUCACUCAGUUGAUGAGAGUUCUGGAGGCGCGGCAAGCAGAACACGCAUGUGACAUCUGUCGACAAGAACAGGUGUUGGUUGAGGCUAUCGUAUGGUGCCGCACGUGCAUGGAAGCCCUUUGUUCCGAUUGCCAGCGAGUGCACAAGCGGUCUCGUGCCUCGCGAGAUCACGAACUGUUCAGCAUGGACAGUCUGGUGCACGAUCCCCUGGAGAAGCUCGUGGGCUCGGGUGCACGUGAGGGCGCGGCGCGGUGCCUGGAACAUCAGGGCAAGACGGCCACACUAGUGUGCGUCGCAUGCAAGAAACUGGUCUGCGAGACAUGCAUCUCCCUGACUCAUGCUGCAUGCCGCCGCAUUGAACAGGCCGAGAAAGCGAUACCGUGCUUUCGCAAAGAUGUGGCAGGCGCCAUGCAGCACUUGAUGACGCAUGUACAAGCGACUCACAACGAGGUCAAGUGGGUGGAGGACCAGCUGGACAAGCUGACCCACUCACGGGAAUUUGUCAUGACAGCAGUGGAGGAUCUCAAGCGGCGACUGCUCGAGGCGGUCGAGAAUCGUAGUUCCAAGCUUUUGGCGGAACUGGAGACCGUGUACAGAAAACAAAGACAAGACUUUGUUGCUCGCGGUGAAAAGAGCCGAGAACUGGGCAGAAUACUGGGCAAAACGGUCAAUUUCUUGGAACAUCUUCUGGCAUACGGAACAGAAUGUGAUAUGUUGAACAACUUUGACAAUGUCAUACAACAGACUCGACUUGUUGAUACACAGAUUGCUGCUUUCAAGCACGGAAAUGACGACAUGGUCAUUGAAGUUUACUCCUGGACAAAAAAGCCACAGAAACCUUACUUUCGCUGACGUCUCUGGGGGACGUCAAGGUCGUUAAAAACAGCGGCCGCAGUCCAAAAGAGCAG